UCUGUUUUAUCUUCAAGCAGCUCACUAUAUUUUCUAACUAAAUUUGUGGGUUUUUUAUGAACCGGGUUAAUUUAGUGAUGGCCGGGUUGAGGUUGAGUCUGGUGGUGAUGGUUUUGAUAGUGCCUUGGAGCUGUGCUUUUAGGGUGGGUCCUCGAGCCGGGUCAGUGAACCGGUUUGAAUCGAUGUUGAGGUCUCCUGUGGAGCUUGAUGAUGAGGAGGAGAUGAGGAAUGGGACCAAUUGGGCGGUUCUUGUUGCCGGUUCAAAUGGUUAUGGGAAUUAUAGGCAUCAGGCCGAUGUAUGUCAUGCAUAUCAAAUACUGAAAAGAGGUGGACUUAAAGAGGAGAACAUAAUUGUGUUUAUGUUCGAUGACAUUGCUAAUAGUGAAUUGAAUCCAAGGCGAGGUGUUAUUAUCAACAGUCCUCGAGGUGAGGAUGUGUAUGCUGGUGUUCCGAAGGAUUAUACAGGGGAUCAAGUGACAGCAGCUAACCUGUAUGCCGUUAUACUAGGGGACAAAAAUUCGGUCAAAGGUGGAAGCGGAAAGGUUGUAGAUAGUGGACCUAAUGAUAGAAUCUUCAUUUAUUACUCGGACCAUGGAGGGCCUGGAGUACUCGGGAUGCCGGAUAUGGUUUAUGUUUAUGCCAAUGAUUUCAUUAAUGUGUUGAAGAAGAAGCAUGCAGCUGGGACAUACAAAGAGAUGGUUCUUUAUGUAGAAGCAUGUGAAAGUGGAAGCAUCUUUGAAGGUUUAAUGCCAAACAAUUUGAGCAUCUAUGUCCAAACAGCCUCAGGUGUAGAUGAAAAUAGCUGGGGAACAUAUUGUCCUGGAAUGGAUCCGGCCCCACCCCCGGAGUUCAUGACUUGCUUAGGAGAUCUGUACAGUAUUUCUUGGAUGGAGGAUAGCGAGACACAUAAUUUGAAGAAAGAGACUAUAGAACAGCAGUACAAGAAGGUGAAGGACCGGACAUCCAAUUCGAACACCUACACUGCUGGAUCUCAUGUGAUGGAGUAUGGGACCAAGGAAAUAAAGAAAGAAAAGGUGUACCUUUAUCAAGGUUUUGAUCCUGCCUCUAAAAAUUUUCCAGCUAACAGAGCUCAAGCCAAAGGGCAAAUGGGUACAAUUGAUCAAAGAGAUGCGGAUCUUCUUUUCUUGUGGCAAAUGUACAAACGAUCCCCGGAAAAUUCAAUAAAGAAGACCGAAGUUUUCAAGCAGAUUAGCGAAACUAUGGCACAGAGGGCACACUUGGCUGAUAGCAUCAACAUGAUAGGGAAGGUUUUGUUUGAUCCUGGGCAGUCAAACUCAAUUCUCAACUCCAGAAGAGCUCCAGGAUCACCGUUAGUGGAUGACUGGAAUUGCCUAAAAUCGAUGGUUCAAUUGUUUGAGGCACAUUGCGGGUCACUUACACAAUAUGGUAUGAAACACAUGCGAGCAUUUGCUAACAUUUGCAACGACCAAAUCUCUCUCUCUGCAAUGGAGGAUGCUUGUACAGCUGUCUGUGGCCGGGAAAGCAUAGCAUGGAUACCACGAAUUUCCAAAGAGGGUGGCUAUAGUUCAUAAGUUUCCUUUGUCAUGCAAAUGACUCUUGCAUAAUAUAUAUGCAGUAACAUAAAAUCUUAAUUUAUUAUGCGAAUGAGUUGUUUGUCGUUGCAGUUAACUGUUGUCUUGUUACUUGAAUCCCCAUCGAAAAAUGGCUGGCAGUAGUGCCUAAUGUUGCCUUAUGACUUGCAUAUAUGUAUGUCAGUAUAAAGGUUGAAUUUAUUAUCGUAA